ACGCAGAAAAAAUCAUAAUUUCAGCAGAAGUAGUGAAUUAUAUUGGUUUAGCACGCUCGUUUUGUUGUAAAUUAGUGUUCAAAACAAAUUCGAGGCAAUGGGUCGUAAAAAGAAGAAGGCCUCUAAACCUUGGUGCUGGUACUGCAAUCGUGAAUUCGACGAUGAAAAAAUUCUGGUGCAGCAUCAAAAGGCCAAGCACUUCAAGUGCCAUAUUUGUCACAAAAAGCUUUACACAGGACCGGGCUUAUCUAUACAUUGCAUGCAGGUACACAAGGAGACGGUGGACAAGGUGCCCAACUCGCUGCCGAAUCGCUCAAACAUCGAAAUUGAAAUCUUUGGAAUGGAUGGAAUACCAGCGGAGGAUUUGCGUGACCACGAACGCCAAAAGAAUGGCGGCAAAUCCGAUUCGGAUGACGAUGAGCCUGUGGCCAAGAAGAAAGUUGAAUUUUCCAUGUCUGUACCGCCGCCAAUGAUGAUGCCACCGAAUAUGAUGCCACCUCACAUGUUGGGCCAGUAUGGCAUGGGCAUGAUGCAACAUAUGCCGCCAUUGCCUCCGUAUCCGGUGCCUAUGAUGCCGCACAUGAUGCCGCCGCGUCCAAUGUUUCCGGCAGCUAUGGCAACUACCUCAGCGGCCGCAGCGGCGGCAGCUGCGCAUCAUCAUCAUGCCGCCGCAAUGGCGCAACAAAAGCCCACAUUUCCGGCUUAUAGCAACGCCACCAUAAGUGCUCCACCUACCACCAACAAUGCAAAUGCUGGAGUCGCUGCGGCGUCAAACGCUGCACCGGCUGCCGCCCCUGAACCGCAUAAUCAGGCUCGUCCGCCCGCAACGAAUACGACUGGGAAUGCUCCGCCCGCUACCGCAGCUGUCAGCACAAAGAUAAUGCAUCCGGCUGAGGAUAUUAGUCUGGAGGAGUUGCGCGCCCGUAAGCCUAAAUAUCAGGCACGUUUGGCAGCUGCCGCAGUGGCCGCUGCAACGCCUAAAAGCCACAGCCCUCAAAUUGGAAACAAUAAUGGAGGCAGUGCCGCAUCCUCAAUGCCCGCCACACCUCCGCCAAUGUCCUUGCCUGGCAUCUCGCCAACGGGCAGCGCCGCAAACGCGAUCGCAGUGAGCACAGCCAUCUCUAAGGCACAGGAAACUGCUGCCAUGGUGGCCGUGGCCCAAGCUCAGGCUCAAGCCCAGGCUCACGCUCAGCACGUGCAGGCGGCUCAGGCUGUUGCCCAUGCGGUUGCUGCUCAGCAACAGCACCAGCAGCAACAACAACAACAACAGCAGCAUCACCAGCAACAGGCCAAGCAUCUGGAGGAUUUCAAUCGAGCUGUGAUGCUGCAACGUUUGCAGGCUGCGCGUCAGCCAAACAAUCCAGGGGCGGCUGCAGCGGCCGCCGCUGCUGCGGCUGUGGGCAUGAUGCCACUGCCCGGUCAUUUGCAACUGAUGCAGCCGAUGUUAAGACCCGCUGUCGCCAUUGGACCACAUGGUGCACUCAUUGGAGGCAAUAUGCUGCGUGCAGCAGGUGCCCCAGGGUUGCCCGGCAUGCCAGCAGGUAUCUUGACACCAAUGCAAGCCAUCGGAUUACCUGCCUUACACGGUACCAUGCCCAUGCCGGGCAUGGGUGUUAUGUUGCCUGGACACCCGAACAUGCAAAUGAUGCAGAUGAUGCAGACACGCUUUAGAUGAUGUAUGCCCGGGCCGCCGUUGUUGCCGGCGCCACCGCAAGGAGCACAACAUCGGCCAGUGUCGAUACAAAGGCCUGCAUUGUUGCCACUGCAUCAGCAGCAACCACCACCUGGCCAACUGCAGCCGCUGCCGCAACCACAAUUGGUGGGCCUGCCACUGCCGCUGCUGUUCCAUGAGUGAGAUGCUGGCGUUGCUGUUGUCUAUGAACUUCAUACAUAAAUACGUCGUCUACUAACUACUAGAUGUGCAAAAAGCAAUCACAACUACAAGCAAGUUUUUCAAAACUUACCAACUACGAAAAGCAACAUUCUUUUUAAGUGUAUAACAGUUUUGCAAGACACAAACAGACACACACAUAUUCAUACAUCAUAUAUCACGUCAUGUUGCUCUCUCACAAACUGAUAUGUUGCCCACUAACCAUUUUACUAAUCGAAGGGCCGUUACUUUAUUAAUUAGUGGCACUUCGUAUGCCUAGUAUAACAGUUUAAAUUCAUCCUAUAUAUAACACACUAUGCUUUGGCAACGUCAAUCACAUAUGAUGUACACGUACGUAAAAGCUAUAAUUCGUUAAAGAUAUUUAUUUCUGUGCAUUCAUUGAUUUAAAGCUUAACUAUUUUCUUUUCAAUUUUCUUUACUCUUGAUCCAUUAUAAAACUCGACUAACAAAUUGUUGCUCUGUAUUUUCCUGCUACUGCAAAACUCUAUAAAAAUACAAUUGUUAUAACAGCUAAUAGACCCCUGACACUCUCCCGCUCUCUCUCUCUCUCUCUCUCUAUCUGUACACAUACGCUCAUUUUAUAUACUCAUGAGCUCCGCGCUCUCUCAUCAGAUACGUUGAAGCGCUUUCUUUGCUGACACACACACCAUACACAAAGUUCUGUAGCAAAAUAGAUCUCUUUCUUACUAUCUCUCUGACACUGUAAUAUAAUGAAAAAAAAAUAUGCAAAUUACUUUUAACAAUUAAUCUACAUAUUGUUGUUUUUUACAUUCUUUUUUUUUAGUUUCAUUUAGUGCUGUGCGGUUAGCGCUUUCAGGCUCACACAAUAUAGUCCAACCUGCCCAUGUUUAUAUACAGAUACAUACAUACAUAUAUACUCUCCAUUUACCAUGUCUUCUCUCAAACAAACGACAAACUGUACGCUCUCUGGGUAUGUUAAACAAAACGAUUUUUUUCCCGUAUUCCUUUUGAAAUGUUGUACAAAACGUUCUCUUAUACGUUUUAUUUGUGCAUAUUUUUCAGUAAUUAUUUUCAUAAACAUACAUAUAUUGUCAAAGCAAGUUAUGUAUGUGCCAUGCCAAAUGUACAACUGUACUACUGUUAUACUGUUUUACAAUAUAAACAUGAAUGUUAUAUAUUUAUUAUUUGGUUAACUCUACGUACAUUUGUCCAACGUUUGCGUUUGUGCUCAUGUUUCUACAUACAUAGUAUCUGAACUACCCGAACUCCCAAGAUAAAAAUGCGUCGUCUUUUACUUUGUUAUACUCGUUCGUUUGUGGAUGAUAAAAGUAAGUUAAAGAAUUAUUCACUCUUUUUCAAUGUAUCGUUUUCUUUUUGUGUUCGGUCAUCGCUCUGUCUGUGCACAGCUGCAACCAGGUAUCUACAAUAUUUUCUUUAUAUAUAUAUUAUGUAUAUUUAAAUACUAUUUUGUCUUGGUUAUGGUAUGGUACUAAAAAAAAAAAAAAAAAAAAC